AUGGUCGAUGUCGUCAGCAAGAGGUGCGGCCAUCCAGGUUGCACGAAGAGGCCUUCGUAUGGCAAUGACGGCAGCAAGAAGGCGGAGCUCUGUGCCCAGCACGCGCUACAGGGCAUGGUCAGUGUUGCCAGGAAGAGGUGCGACCAUCCAGGUUGCAUGAAGAAGCCUUCGUAUGGAAAAUGCGGCAGCAAGAGGGCGGAGUUCUGUGUCCAGCUCGCGCUACAGCGCAUGGUCGAUGUCGUCAGCAAGAGGUGCGGCCAUCCAGGUUGCAUGAAGUUGUCUUCAUAUGGCAAAGCCGGCAGUAAGAAAGUGGAGUUCUGUGCCCGGCACGCGCUACAGGGCAUGGUCAGUGUUGCCAGGUAG